AUGGAAGCCGUCGAGUUAAUGAAAAGUGUUAAUUCUUCUUUGAACGAAAGCCAAGACGUUAAGAUGGAGGACUUCUUGCCUCCUAGCACAGGACCGACACAGAAUAAGUAUUUGGACCUAUCAAACUCUGUGAGUGCACCAUUUGUCAUCGAGGGAGUUUCGCCUUGCUCUCCAGAAUUUGGAGGCGAGAAAAGAGGGCGCAGCGAUAGCGACGUGAGCGAAGUUAGCAUGAAGAUGUUGUAA